CCGAAUCUCCUACUUCGACAUGUCGCCAUCCUCUCCUCAGAGGCAUCCCUCCCGAUACGUCAAGUUAUGUUAUGUUUCGGGGUAAUUUCUCUACAACAAUUAGCGGACACGUAUUGACAGUACACGUGUUUACCGCCUUACUGCGGCAACCACAGAUGGUAUUCAGGAGUCCAAACAGGUACGGUGAGCGACGACAUCGCACCGGUUUGUUUACUAUCGUCUUCUGAGAUGGACUUCAACUCUUUUAUUCUUAUCUUGCGUGAGGGCGGACUUCUCCCUGCACUAUUUGGCAUGAUGCCUCCUGCUCAAACUGGCCCAGUCCCCUCCAGCCUUCAUCCUUCCAUCUUUAUAUCACAGCAACGUACCAAGCUCUCCUCUGUGUUUGGGGUUUGACAACCGCUCCCCUCACAACACCCGUUGGCUGGCAUACCGGGGAUUUGAUGCGGCGCUUUGUCUACUGCAAGGUGGUGUUGACCACCUCUUUAGUUUGGGUGCUGGUGGAUGUCUUCUUGCUGCUCUACUUCAGCGAGUGUAACAAAUGUGACGACAGGAAGGACCGCUCGCUCCUUCCUGCCCUACGCGCUGUGAUAUCCCGUAGCCACGGGGGUCCCGGUGAGAUGGGCAAGGCAGUGAACAUCCCCAAGGAAGACCACGAGAAGAUGAAGGAGCUCUUUAAGAUAAACCAGUUCAAUCUAAUGGCCAGCGAUAUGAUUGCACUCAACAGGAGUUUACCGGAUGUCAGGUUGGAUGGCUGUAAAACUAAGGUAUACCCUGACAACUUGCCAAACACCAGCAUAGUCAUCGUGUUCCACAAUGAGGCAUGGAGCACAUUGCUGCGGACAGUCCAUAGUGUCAUCACCCGCUCUCCUAGGCACUUGCUUGUGGAAAUUCUACUGGUGGAUGACUUCAGUGAGAGAGAUUUCUUAGGUAAAAAGUUGGAGGAUUAUGCGCAAACACUGGAUGUACCAGUAAAAAUCCUAAGGAUGGAGCAGCGUACAGGUCUCAUCCGAGCUAGAUUGAGGGGAGCGGCUGCCACGAGGGGACAGGUCAUCACUUUCCUGGACGCCCACUGUGAAUGUACUGUCGGGUGGUUGGAACCCCUGCUGGUCCGCAUCAAAGAGGACAGGACAGCAGUAGUGUGUCCCAUCAUUGACGUCAUCAGUGACGAGUCCUUCGAAUACCUGGCCGGCUCUGAUAUGACCUACGGGGGAUUUAACUGGAAGCUGAAUUUUCGCUGGUACCCUGUUCCUCAGCGGGAGAUGGAUCGGCGCAAGGGCGACAGAACACUUCCUGUCAGAACCCCCACCAUGGCAGGAGGGCUGUUCUCUAUAGACAAAACAUACUUUGAAGAAAUAGGAAGCUACGAUCCAGGGAUGGAUAUCUGGGGUGGAGAGAACUUAGAGAUGUCGUUCAGAAUCUGGCAGUGUGGCGGCUCCUUGGAGAUUGUCACAUGUUCCCACGUUGGCCACGUUUUCCGGAAGGCUACUCCUUACAGUUUCCCCGGUGGAACAGGCCAAGUUAUCAACAAGAACAACAGGCGGCUGGCAGAAGUCUGGAUGGAUGACUUCAAAGAUUUCUUCUAUAUCAUAUCCCCAGGAGUGAUGCGUGUGAACUACGGUGACGUCUCUUCCCGAAAAGCCCUUCGUGAAGCCUUGAAGUGCAAACCGUUCUCCUGGUACCUGGAGAACAUCUACCCAGACUCCCAGAUCCCGAGAAGAUAUUACUCGCUCGGUGAAAUCAGGAACGUUGAGACCAACCAAUGUGUUGACAACAUGGGACGAAAGGAGAAUGAGAAAGUUGGCUUUUUCAACUGCCACGGCAUGGGUGGAAACCAGGUGUUCUCUUACACGGCAGACAAAGAAAUCCGAACAGACGACCUCUGUUUGGACGUUUCCCGCCUCAACGGGCCUGUCAUCAUGCUCAAGUGUCACCACAUGAAGGGCAAUCAGAUGUUUGAGUAUGACGCCGAGUUUGUUGGCAAAUGGGAAUAUGAUUUUGAGAGACUUACCUUGCUGCACGUCAACAGCAACCAGUGUUUGGACAUGCCGUCGGAGGAGGACAGGACGGUCCCCACCUUGAGGGACUGCGACGGGAGCCGCUCCCAGCAGUGGCUGCUCCGCAACAUGACCCUGCAGGUGCUCACAGACUCCAACGUACAAUGGGCGGAGCGGACUCCGCACUGAAGGUCACCACGGCUUCCGUAGUGAACGUGGUAGUUUUCUGUGAAGUUUCCGUUAAACACGACAUUCCCCCCACCCCCCCCCACACACACACAAGAGAGGAGGAAGGGGAGAACUGGCAAAAUGUUGCAGCCAGUUCCACUCGGCACAUCGACUGUGUCGAAUGGUCUCAGAGGUGAGUCGUGGAAAACAUUUGAUUCGUACGCUGGCCUGAUUGAAAUGUCAUGAUGUACUUUGGUGGCAACAUGCAGAUCGGUGUCACAUGUGAAAAAUACACGACAAGCAGUGUUUGGUCGCUACAAAAUUAGUCAAUAUAUCAAAUGUUACAUUUCAGCUUAUUGCGCCUUCUGCAGAUUACAUUCCGCCUACUUUCCGCCCGACACGGUAUGUUUGGGCCAGUGACAUGCAGUCAGGGGAGGCAGGUGAGGCGUAAAAAGAAAAAAAAUGAAUUAAAUUGUUAUAUGUAUCCGGUGAUUAUACUAUAAAGUUAUUUUCUAUUUAACUUCACCAGUUUUAGAUUAUUUUUAUUCAAAAUCACUGAAUUUUCACAUUUGCCGUUCAAAUACUGAAAAGAGACUUGCGGUGAGUCAGCAGCCAGUUGAGCCUCGCCAUGGAUUGCGCAAUGACUCGGCUAACUGCUGGCCUGCUGUGCAGUGAGACCGUAUUGCUAUAUGAAUUAUAUUAUAUAUUUCCAUAGUUUAGUUAGCUGAGGUAUAUAAUGUACAGUGUAUUUUGUCAACAACUGUGUGUGUGUAACGUAUUUCUUGUGCUGAGCAAUCAUAAAACGGCUGCGAAGACGCACUGGGUGAGGCUCGCAGUUCUCCCGCCUCAUGGUGGUAGAGGGCGUUAGUGAUCCCAGGGAUCAUUCUUGAGACUACUCGGCUGCAGAAUAAGUGACAACAAGCAGCAACAGUUAGCAAGUCAAGUGCAGCGGCAGCGAUCGUUUAUUUUUUCCCCUCGCCUGGACUUUUACCAUGGAGGAUUACAUAUCUAAAAUAAAACAGUUUUCUAAACUGGACUUUCAAUCGAAGCUGGAGGUAAUAACUAAAGGAAGAUCUCCAUCGAGACAGAGAGACUUUUAAAACUGAAGAAAGAUAAGGAAGACUUCUGUAAACAAGUUAUUGAUGCUUUUAUUCAGAAGGAGCGGCGCAUGGACUUCAUUUAUAAGUAAAGGUAAGACCAUAAUAAAGUUUUUUUUAUUAAAUGUGCUUUUUUGUGUGUGUAAAGAAUGCUGGUAUGAGCUUUUAAACAUAACCUGUUAACUGCUGCCAAUCAAACGGUGAAUAAGAUACUCUUUAGGGUUCAUGUUUGUAAAUCUGACUGUGAUGAAGUCAGUGCCUCACCAGCCAUGAACCUCACCGCACGUCACUGGCUUGGGCCAUAAAGGGGACCUAUGAUGAAUUUUGUAUUUUCUGACUUACAAAUGUUGUUACAAUGUUGUAUAAUCGUGUUAAUCAAUGCCAAAGCAUCAAAUCAUAGGGUUCAUGUGAGAUGUCCGAUAAAUGCUUUAAAAUGUAAUAUCGGAAAUCAUCGGUAUCGUUUUUUUUAUUAUCGGUAUAGUUUUUUUUUUGUUUUUUUUUAAUUAAAUCAACAAAAAACACAAGAUACACUUACAAUUAGUGCACCAACCCAAAAAACCUCCCUCCCCCAUUUACACUCAUUCACACAAAAGGGUUGUUUCUUUCUGUUAUUAAUAUAUAUCAAUACAGUCUGCAAGGGAUACAGUCCGUAAGCACACAUGAUUGUGCGUGCUGCUGGUCCACUAAUAGUACUAACCUUUAACAGUUAAUUUUACUCAUUUUCAUUAAUUACCAGUUUCUAUGUAACUGUUUUUAUAUUGUUUUACUUUCUUUUUUAUUCAAGAAAAUGUUUUUAAUGUAUUUAUCUUAUUUUUUUUUUAUUUUUUUUUUAAAAAGGACUUUAUGUUCACCAUACCUGGUUGUCCAAAUUAGGCAUAAUAAUGAGUUAAUUCCACGACUGUAUAUAUCGGUAUCCGUUGAUAUCGGUUUCGGUAAUUAAGAGUUGGACAAUAUCGGAUAUCGGCAAAAAAGCCAUUAUCGGACAUCCCUAGGUUCAUGCAUUUUGGUGUGAGCUUGCGCGCAGUUUUGGAUGCAUCGGUUGGCAGGGUUUUGUCUGUUUAUGUUGCAACGUCAGAGCGAGGUGGACAUUCUUAUUUGGACAUUUAGUAAUGCUCUCAGACAGAGAGUUGCUUCAGGCUUUGAGGAAACACAAAAAAAAGAUAGAAUAAAGUAGGAUUGUACCAAUACCAAUAUUUUGGUACCGGUACCAAAAUGUAUUUCGAUCCUUUUUGAUCCUUUUUGAUGCUUUUCUAAAUAAAGGGCACCACAAAAAAGGGUAUUAUUGGCUUUAUUUUAACAAUAAAUCUUAGGGUGCAUUAAACAUAUGUUUAUUAUUGCAAUUUUUGUCCUUAAAUAAAAUAGUGAACAUACGAGACAACUUUUAUUUUAAUAGUAAGUAAACAAACAAAGGCUCCUAAUUUAGCUGCUGACAUAUGCAGUAACAUAUUGUGUCAUUUAUCUACCUAUUAUUUUGUCAACAUUAUUAAGGACAAGUUGUUCAUUUACUGUUAGUAUCUGCUUACUUUCUCUUUUAACAUGUUCUAUCUACACUUCUGUUCAAAUGAAAUAAUCACUUAUUCUUCUGUUGUUUGAUACUUUACAUUAGUUUUGGAUGAUACCACAAAUUUGGGUAUCGAUCCGAUACCAAGUCGUUACAGGAUCAUACAUUGGUCAUAGUCAAAGUCCUCAUGUGUCCAGGGACAUAUUUCCUGAGUUUAUAAACAUAAUAUACAUUUUAAAAAAACAAAAGAAGAUGUUGUGAUGCCAAAAAAUAUCGAUUUAAUCAUAGUAGUAUCGACUAGCUCUUGUACUUGGUAUCAUUACAGUGGUGUAGAUCUACCAAUGGCGUUUGUUUACAUUUUGACGCCGGUGAGCUACGGUGUGUAGUGAAGCGAGUUUAGCUAUUCCUCGUCCUGCAGUGAUAAUGAUACAUGUAAGAAACGUACCUUAUGUCGCCAUGGAGACAAGGAUUAGUGAUUUAGAAGUAGCUAAAACUCUGCAGACUGCGGCUGGACUUUAACCGCUAACUAGCUAGCCAAGUUUUAAAGCACCUCUUCCUGAGGGCGUUUCAGUGUUAUAACUUCACCUUUAGUUUUUAAGCCAAAAUGCGUCCGUUCUCCCUUUUCUGUCUACACACUGUGUCUGCUUGUAUGUACUCUGUGAUUGUGCACUGCCGAACAUGCUCCUCUCCUCGUAAAACCAGAAAUGUCAUGACAUGGCGACGACGCGCCGUCAUGCCCUUUAAAAAAACUGUACUUUUUAGAGGCGGUAUAGUACCGAAUACGAUUCAUUAGUAUCGCGGUACUAUACUAAUACUGGUAUACCGUACAACCCUAGAAUAAAGUGUUAUUUUCAUCUAAUCUUGGCAUGAGCAUAAUACCACUGACACGCAGUAACAUAAGUGCCGCUAAAAGCAGCUUUCAGAGUCUGACUCAAUUGGUGAGUGUGCAUGGGUACCUAAUGUCGUGACCGGGUGAAUCUAUAAAAUGUUUAUAAAGUUUAUUUUCGACUGUGUCUGGAAAUAAAUAAAUUGUGGUGACGACUUCAAGAUAUACCGUAUUUUCCGACUUUAAGCUGAUACUUUUUUCCAAGGCUUUGAAUCCUCGGGCUUAUGGAUUUUUCUUUGCUCACAGCCAUAAUGUUUUCCAUUCAGCAGGUAGUUUUCAUAUUACACCGACAGGGGGCGUGUUAUUGUUUGUGCUAAGGCACCAUCUUUUAACGAGUUUUCUUACUGAAAAUGUACUUUCUGUUUCGUGCCGGAAGUAUAAUUAUCCAUAGUGUUUCUGCUCGAAAGCAUUCUUCAUGCGUCACUUCAAGCAACGUUUGGAAGUUUUACAAUACAACUAAAACAAUUCACUAAACCGUCCCAUGUGGGAUGUACGUAGGAGUGUUUUCGUGCAUAUUUGUACGGGCUAUCGUAAUGUAACCAAGCUAGCGUCGUUAGCAUUAGUGAAUGUUCUACCACGUUUACAAGUGUCUCUGUUCAUUUAAUUAACUUACAAUGGCAUACUUUUUGUAUUCUAUCAGUUUUUUAAAAAUAAAUUCCUCAGUUAAUUUACCAAGACUGAUUUAAACUGUUUAGCUCAGUGUUUUUCAACCACACUAGUGUGCUGUGAGAUACAGUCUGGUGUGCUGUGGGAGAUUAUCUAGUUUCACCUAUUUUGGUUAAAAAUAUUUUUUGCAAACCUGUAAUUAUAGUCUGCAAAUUAUGUGUUGUUGUUGAGUUUCUGUACUGUCUGGAGAUCGGCAGACUUACCACGUUAUACCCUUCCAUAUCAGUAGGUGGCAGCCGGUAGCUAAUUGCUUUGUAGAUGUCGGAAACAGUGGGAGGCAGCGUGCAUGUAAAAAGGUGUCUAAUGCUUAAACCAAAAAUAAACAAAAGGUGAGUGCCCCUAAGAAAAGGCAUUGAAGCUUAGGGAAGGCUAUGCAGAACGAAACUAAAACUAAACUGGCUUACAAAGUAAACAAAAACAGAAUGCUGGACGACAGCAAAGACUUACUGUGGAGCAAAGACAAUGUACAUCCGUACAUGACAUGACAAUCAACAAUGUCCCCACAAAGAAGGAUAAAAACAACUGAAAUAUUCUUGAUUGCUAAAACAAAGUAGAUGCGGGGAAUAUCGCUCAAAGGAAGACAUGAAACUGCUACAGGAAAAUACCAAAAAAAGAAAAAAUGCCACCAAAAUAGGAGCGCAAGACGAGAACUAAAACACUACACACAGGAAAACAGCAAAAAAGUCAAAAUAAGUUAGGGCGUGAUGUGACAGGUGGUGACAGUACACCUACUUUGAGACAAGAGCUAUAUUGAUGCAUGGUUGGUUAUGGUUUAAAGUCAUAUCCAACAAUUGCGACAACAACUUUUUACUGUCAACUGAGUUUUGUUUUUUUAAUGAUUUCUGCUAGUGGUGUGCCUCCGGAUUUUUUCAACGCAAAAAAUGUGCCUUGGCUCAAAAAAAGGUUGAAAAACACUGUUUUAGCUGACUGUAGAGCUAGCUAGUUUUCUUUGAACAGCUGUUUUACUGUCAUGUUACAGAGGAUGGGUAUGUAAAUAAACAUUUACAAAAUCUUUCGUACCAGUAUAUAUCUGCAGCUUAUAGUCCGGUGAAGCUAAUUUAUGUAAAUAUUAGUUUUUUCUUCUAAAAUUUGAUGGGUGCGGCUUAAAUAUUGCGCUCUGUAGCCCAGAAAAGAUGGUAUAUUUAAACUGUACAUUUUCAAAAGGUAGAUUAUAUUACUUUUGGAGAGAGUGGGGCGUGGUUUCAUUUGCAAUCAGGGAACGCCUUCAGGAUGAACCAUCUUGCAGACGGACUCAAAAAAAUCCGGAAUUUCUAAAAGUGACCGUGGAGCAAAAUGUACGCAGAAUUUACACCAAAGCCUAUCCAGUGUGUAUUAAAACCUUAGUUGGCCACAUGCGUGGACAGCACCUUUUAAGCUCUUAUUUCCAAAAUUGUGUACACUACUGAAUUGGGGUAUUAUGGCCGCUUAUGCGGACACUUAUACUGCCAUCUGGUGGUGUCACAAGAGUAUAACAUACAAUGGAAUUUGGAAAAAAAAGGGUAAAAAUAAGAAUUAGCAUGUCACUAAACAUGAAGUACACGUGUGUGUACUUAUGGACUAAGUACAUCAUAUCAAAAGAUGAUUCUUAGUUUUUAUUCUAAUUAGGGUCCAAUAAGCCCAAAUAGCAAAGAGAAAUAAAAAAAAAGCAUGUAAACAAACAGCUUGGGCCUCAAGAGGUUACGUAGACCACAUUGAAGUGUUUUCAAUGCAGAUUAAAAUCAUCAUAGGUCCCCUUUAAUUGUUUUGAGCUCCAACUAUGCACAUCACCUACACCAUCGUACAUAGAGAACGUUGAAGUAUGUUGUGCCCUGUAGAAGAAGCCCGUUUUACAGCUCAUUUCAGGUUCAAGAGAACAUGGCCUUUAGGCUACGUAAUGAGCUGCAGCAAUGGCAAUUAAGUCGUGUUCCCCACAUUGUGCUGGCCAGCUGCUGGCUGUAGAAACACUGUGCUACUAAGGCCACUCUCUUGUGCAGCAUAUGUAUUUUAACACAUCUAUGACACUAUGUCUUUAAAAACUCAUUUUCUUUUCAAAUAAGUGAUUUACAGUAACCAGAUGGAUGGAGAUGCUGUUAAUAGUCCAGGGCUCCUUACUGAUAUCUAUAUUAAUAGAUGACAAUUCAAAUAAAUCUGCUAAAUAAGGAUAUAUAAUACAGCACACAUUUAAGACUUUUCUCCUAAAGACCCUUGGUGAGCGUUUCCCAUGGCGACUGAUGACUGACAUUUAAAGCGAGUCGUUGCUAGGAGACGCACUGUAAACCCUCAUGGAACAUAUCGUGGAGCUAAGUCUUGCAAGCUCCCCUGAAGACCAGACUUUAAUUAAAAAAGUCAACAUUCUGUCAGCUACCUUGCACACUUCCAACAGCAAAGUAGCUGCCUGCCACAGGACUAUACAUGGCUGCUUUUAAUUAUUUGCAGGGAACAGAGAUGUCAUUAUUACACCCGCAACUCCUGCCGUGGAGAUUUAAAACUGUCUUAUUUAAGCAAGUAAGCCAGAAAACUGACAUAAAUACAGAUUUAUAUUCAUAUACUGUAUGUAGGUCCCCUUCUGGCGCGGCAGAGUACUGACCGCUGCACCUGCAGCAAGAAUAAUGUCACAUACGGUCAAACCUGCAUAUAGCGACCACUCAAGGGAAACCACACAAGUGGCCACUACAUGCAAGUAGUGUUUUUGCGAUGUUUGGAGCCAUGACAAACUAACACGUUGAAGAAGGAUGCGAAGAAAAGCCUUGGAUUAGUGUUGUCCCGAUACCAAUAUUUUGGUACAGGUACCAAAAUCAUUUUGAUACUUUUCGGUACUUUUCUAAAUAAAGGGGACCACAAAAAAUUGCAUUAUUGGCUUUAUUUGAACAAAGAAUCUUAGGGUACAUUAAACAUAUGUUUAUUAUUGCAAGUUUUUCCUUAAAUAAAAUAGUGAACAUACUAGACAACUUGUCUUUUAUUAGUAAGUAAACAAACAAAGGCUCCUAAUUAGUCUGCUGACAUAUGCAGUAACAUAUUGUGUCAUUUAUCUACCUAUUAUUUUGUCAA